AUAAAUUCACCAUACAAGCCAUCUUCAUAAAACCCUCGGCACAAUUCUCCUUCUUCUUUUGCUUUGAUGAUGAUAUGUUUUUAUUUUUUCUUAUAAUUUUUAUUUUUUUUCUUUCACAUACACAAACUGUAAUUGAGAAAACAGAGAGAAACAAAAGAGUCCUAUGCUAGGGGACUCAAGUAGUGUGCUAGCAACCACAACAACAGCCGCUGCUGGUGGAAGUAGCAGCGACCCUCCUGCUGCUGCUCCUCCUCAUACUCUUUCUACUUAUCAGCUUCCGGGCGGUGGUACCCACGAAAGCAUUAGUGAAGUUGGCCAUGUGGGGUCGAAUAAUUCAGGUGCAGAUGAUAAAGGAAGAGGGGACGAAGGUGACCGGAGCUUUGGUGGUAACCGAUGGCCUAGACAGGAAACGUUGGCUCUCUUGAAAAUCAGGUCGGAUAUGGAUGUGGCGUUUCGCGAUGCCAGUGUAAAGGGUCCUUUGUGGGAAGAGGUUUCCAGGAAGCUAGCAGAGCUUGGUUAUAAUCGAAGUGCUAAGAAAUGCAAAGAGAAAUUCGAGAACGUGUACAAGUACCACAAGAGAACUAAAGAAGGCCGAACUGGUAAACAAGAAGGCAAAACGUAUAGGUUUUUUGAUCAAUUAGAAGCGUUUGAAAAUCAACCUUCUUCAUUUUCAUCACCACCACCACCGCAAACGCAACAGCCACCACAGCAGCAGCAGCUGAAGCCUCAAACUCCAGCAGUGACCACCAUAGGAAUGCAAGUGGCUCAUCCAUCUCCUCCUCCUCCUCCUGUUGGUGCAGCUCCUAUUAGUACUGUUCCAUCAAACACAGCACCUUCAGCUACAAUGGUGUCUCAAGGGAUUGUCACAACAGGAAUAAAUCUCACAAUCCCUUCAUUUCCAACAGGAAACCCUACAAUCUUGCCCUCUGCACAAGCAACAAACCCUACAAUGAACCCAUCUUCGUUCUCUAAUUUUUCCCCAGAUCUCCUCUCGAAUUCCACCUCUUCUUCCACUUCCUCAGACGUGGAACUCCAUGGACGGCAUAGGAAGAAAAGGAAAUGGAAGGAAUUUUUCGAUAGGAUAAUGAAGGAAGUGAUACACAAGCAAGAGGAUAUGCAAAGAAAAUUCUUGGAAGCUAUAGAGAAACGUGAACACGAUAGAAUGGCAAGGGAAGAAUCCUGGAGAAUGCAAGAAAUGGCAAGAAUCAAUAGAGAGCGUGAGAUUUUAGCCCAAGAAAGAUCCAUUGCAGCUGCAAAGGAUGCUGCUAUAAUGGCAUUUUUACAGAAGCUAUCUGACCAGCAAAAUCCAGGCCAACCACAGAAUACUCCGCCACCGCCACCAGCAGCAACACCAACACCAAUACCAGUACCAGUAUCAGUACCAGUGCCUGCACCAGUACCAGUACCAGCACCACAACCGAUAACUAUGGUACCAGUAGCACAGGCAGCGCCGCCACAGCCUGCGACGAAUCUGGAAACGAAAUCAGAUAGUGGGGAUCAGAGUUUGACGCCAGCAAGCUCAUCGAGAUGGCCUAAGGUAGAAGUUCAAGCUUUAAUUAAUCUGAGGACUACUCUGGACUCCAAAUACCAAGAAAAUGGACCAAAAGGGCCGCUAUGGGAGGAGAUCUCAGCUGGAAUGAGAAAGCUUGGUUACAAUAGAAAUGCAAAAAGAUGCAAAGAGAAAUGGGAAAAUAUCAACAAAUAUUACAAGAAAGUGAAAGAAAGCAACAAGAAAAGGCCUGAAGAUUCAAAAACAUGUCCAUACUUUCACCAGCUUGAUGCUUUAUAUAAAGAGAAGAACAAGAACGACUCUUCAUCAAAUAUCCAAUUAAAGCCUGAAAAUUCAGUGCCUUUAAUGGUACGACCAGAGCAGCAAUGGCCUCCUCCUCAACAAGAACACGGCCCUGAUUCAGUGAUGGAAGAUUUGGAAAGUGAAGAUCAUCAGAAUCAUCAAGAUGAGGAUGACAAAGAUAAUGAUGACGAUGAAGAAGAUGAAGCCGGAGGAUAUGAAAUCGUAGCAAAUAGACAAGCAACAAUCAGCUCAGCCGGAUAAGCUAGAGAGCUUGAGCUAGUUUUUCAAUUAUCUCAAGGCCAAAGAAGGAAGCAAGAAAAACAAAAUCUAGCUUGAUGAUACAUUGGAGUUGAAAAAAGCGGUGGUGGGUACGUAAGAUUCCGGCAGCCGUGAAUUGAGGUUGAUGAAUCUCAUAAAAUUGGUAAGCAAGAACUCAACGUGAUGUUUAAUUAAUUUUAUAAUUUAUUUAUUUUUUUUUCUAAAUAAAUAAGGAGAGAGGAGGAAGAGCAAGAAGAAGAGAGGUUGAGAUUCCAAAAAGAAUAAAUAAAAUUGAGACUAGUGGUGUAUUUUUCUUUUAUGUUUCAUAUCCUGGUGUAAAUGUUAGAAUUUAGAAACUUUUUCUUUUUCAAUGGCUGAAUAUUUUCUAAAGAAAAUAAAAAUAAAAAUUCUCCAGCUGUGGAAAC